AUGGCCUACAUCUACCCGGAUGGCUCAAGCUACCGCUAUGAACAUCAUCUCGGCUGUGGUUCCGAGGCCUUCGUGUACCAGCGCGGCACGCACGCGCUCAAGGCGCCCAAGAUCCUGAAUCUCACACUCCUCGACGAGAAGGAACGCAGACGUGCUGAAUACUACAACAAAGGCAAUCGGGAGGCGCUUGAGCGAGAGAAAGAGGUGUACAAGCGAGUCGGGCGCGAGUGCGAUGGAGUCGCAGAGUGCGUGGAUAUCCUCGACGAGGGAAUCCUCCUUGUUUGCUACAAGAAGGGCGAUCUCGAGCGAUAUAUCACGGAAGAGAAAGAGGUCGACGAAUCCAUCAAGACAACGUGGAUCUUGUCUGCAAUCAGCACUAUCCACCAUCUCCACCAUGUCAGCAAAGUGCUGGUAUACGAUAUUGCCCUUCGGAAUUUUCUGCUCACGGACGAUUUGUCGACGCUCAAGAUGAUAGAUUUCGGACAGGCCAGUGUUUUCCCACCGGACACGGAUAUCACGACAGCCAACGAUGAUGGCACGACUGUGCAGGUUGACAUCUUCCACCUGGGAUGCAUAAUAUACUCCAUCAUGUUGUGGCAGUCGUACCACAACGACCUUGCUCACCAUGACUGGGUGCCCCCCCCAAUCGAGGACUUGCCUAAGUUAGAUGGUCUUGGGCCUUGGGGCGAAAUUAUUAAAAAAUGCUGGUGUUGCCAGUAUCGAUCUUCCAAGGAGCUCCAUGAUGAGGUCCUCGCACUUUUUCAACCAUCGACACCUAAUAGUUUGUUUGCAAGAGGUUGGAUGUCAUUGAUCCUCGACCUUUUUUCAAGAAUGUUUUGGAGUUCCGGGUGA